CCAAUCGGACUACAGAGUUAUUGUGUGUUCAAGUAAUUAUCCCCAUUACGAAAAUUCUUUGAAAACACCAAAGGACGUGGAAAUAAAGAGAAUUUACGAAACUGAUUCAUUUGAAAAAACAUGAAUAGUCAAACCUCGAAAAGGGUAUACACAGAGUUGCCUGUGUGGAUUGUUGAAGACCACCACGAUGUGGUGCGUCACAUAUAUCGUGCAAUUGCUUCAAGGCAUGUUCCAAUGAAGAAUAUUAAAAUGGUCCAUUUGGAUUCUCACCCUGAUCUCCUAAUACCCGUUAACAUGCCCGCGGACACCGUGUUUGAUAAAGAAGCUCUUUUCAGUGAGCUGAGCAUUGAGAAUUGGGUCAUGCCCAUGGUUUAUGCUGGACACGUGUCCCAUGUGAUGUGGCUCCAUCCCUAUUGGGCCCAGCAGAUUAAAGAGGGGGAGCACAGCAUGUGUGUGGGCAGAGACUCCUCCACAACCACAAUCAGGGUUACAAGCAAGGAUGAUUACUUUCUUAGCGAUGGUCUCUACGUUCCUCCAGACCAGCUGGAAAACCCCAAACCCCUGCAGCUGAGCGUUGUCCAGGUGAACCCGGUGGAGCAUGAGUGCAUUCAGGGGGAAGAGACCCCUGUGUCAGUUGCAAAAAGGCCACGGGCGCAGGACACGGGGGCGGAGGGAGCUGCCGUUUCUGGGAGUGAUGUGUCACCCUACAAUGACAGACUCCAGCCACCAGGUGGCAGCGGAACCUCAGGAGGUGAUGACAAAAAUGCAGCAACUCCACGGACCGAUAGUCCUCAGUGUGGGAAAGAUGGGACUGGCUCAACUGCUAAAGCUGUGGCCAGCCUCAGUUCUGCUAUAGGGCAAGAUGGUUCCUUCAUCCUGGACAUCGACCUGGAUUUCUUCUCUUGUAAAAACCCAUUCAAAGAGAUGUACACACAGGAGGAGUAUGCCAUUCUGCAAGGCUUGUACAGUUUCCAGAAGCCCAGUGAAAACGCAGAUGAGGACGAGGUGCUGGACUGUGUGGAGCGGCGCGUUCGGCAGCUGGAGGAUCUGGAAACCGUGUUUGCCGACCUGGUCGAAGACGACGGUGAAGAAACGGUCCAGCGGUGGGCAGCCAACCCAGGGAUGAAGUCUGUCGUGAGGCUCGUGCAAAGCCUGCGGAAUCGCAUGGAGUCUCCCGACUAUGAAAUGGUGCACCAAGCCGGCCUCACCUGUGACUACUCCGAGCUGCCCCACCACGUCAGCACUGAGGAAGAGAUCCAGAGGCUGGCACAGGCCGUCAGGCUCAUCCUGCGGGCACUGCCCAAGCCCACGCUGGUCACCAUUUCCAGAUCCAGUUUGGAUGAGUACUGCCCUGUCGAUCAAGUGGACUCUAUUCAAGAGCGAGUCCUGGCCAUCUUGGAGUCGCUGUACGGGCCGCUAGCAGUUCACAGAGAGUACGCUACCACGGCGGACUCCCCUGCCACGUCCUCCUGAGGAGAAGCAGCCGCCUGCCCGAGGGAGUGCGCAGCGCGUCUUUAAAACAUGAGCCGCGUUUAAAAUAGAAAUGGACUAGACUCUCAUUUCAGCCUUUCGGUUUGCAGGGGUGCAGCAGCGUGUAGUGCCAAAAUGUUUGAGUGACUUAGCAUUGUCUCGACUAAAAUCUGUAAAUCUUCAUCAAAAUGUGAAAUGCAAAUAAUUGAAAGGGGUAGGCGUGUACGGCGGUCUCGCUGUGGAGUCGGACCUGUGCCUGUGCCGGUGCCGGCCGGCGGGGUUGGAGCACAGUUGACUUUGCAUCGGCCAGGGAUACGGCAGCGUUUGUUGUUCAUGUGACCCCGGUUCCCUCUGUCUGUUCACACGUAUGACUGGGUCUCCUCCACCCCAAGCUUGCGGCUUCAGUGUGUAAAGAAGCAGUUGGCUGGCAGGCACGUGUUACAGCAGAAAACCGUGGGUUGUCUUCACUCUCCCGAGCCAGCUGCAGAGGCUGUAUAUACACUGACAUUUGGGUGAGAUUGGAGAUGCCAAACGCUUUAUAAAACAAAAGGGAUAGACUUACAUUUGGCUUAUAUGUCAGAAUGUGCUGUGCACAAUGAAGAACAGUUAAGAUUGCUUUCACGUAGUUCACAUUUUGCGCGUGUUGUAAAAGCCAUAAUGUAACAUGACUUGUGUAAGCUCUGUACAAAAUGUGUGUAUGUGAAGUUAACAGCAAAAUUGUUAUGAUAUAUUUUGACCUAUGCUGGAAAUAUAUUCCAAUAUAAUUUAUUUGGUGUUUUUCUUUGUUGCCAUAAACACGGCUUCCUCGAGAGGGUGUGGCUGGGGAGUUGCUACUGUGAUGGUGGUCAGUGUAACCUUCUACCAGGAUUGGGGGGUAAAUCCAUUCAAUACAUGUUCAGUCAGAUGAAAUUCAAUUCAUCAGUUGAAAAAUAUAGAACCUCGUGGCCACUUUUCAGUUCAUUAAUUCAAAUGGACCCCAGCUCUGAGUUCUGCCAGUCAGGAGGUGUGGGCUGCCGGUCUAACGGAGCUUGGGAUUCUACAGAAUGGAAUUCAGUGGCAUGGGAUACAUGGCUGUCCUUCUAGAACCCGCUGCAGGAACUGGUUACUGCUGCCAUAGUAACGGAACAAUAUAACCCUGAUGCACUGCACGGUGGGCAGUUGAUGUGCUCUUAGUUUUUAGUCGCACGCCUUCUGCGGUUGCCACGGCGUGACUUAUAGCCGUUGCUGAAGUGUUCAAUCUGGGAGACGCUUUACAAUUCUUAGCCUUAAAAAAUGGACUGGCUUCCAUUUCUUUCAUUAAAAGGACAAUGAGAGAAAGGCUCUUUAGAAUAUAAAGCGUAUGAAGAGUCAGGCAUGAUGAAAUUAUGUUGUACAGUCUCAUUCUCUGCACUUGACUGCAGAAAUAGACACAUUUCAGAGGGAGUCUAAGAGGGACUAAAAUGGAAAACUGAUUGAUAUGCCAUUUAUUUAGUCCACUUCAGCUGUUUAAUUACUUUAUGUGACAUAGAAAGGGUGUGGGCACAUUUAACAUGCUGAUGAGGACUGGGUAACCUUGAGCAUCCUCACCUGUGAGUAAUUUCACUGAAUUCUAAUGUCAUUGUUUGCAGUUCUCUGUAUUUUUUCCCUUUUUUUGGUUUUAUUCAUUUAUUUACUAAGUUUUCUGCUCUGGUGUUGAUUUGUUUAGCCAAUGGCUCAAAAGCCAGAAAGGUUUUUCAUUUUGAGUUUUAGGUUUUUUUAAGUUAAUGUUUUAACAUUCUACUCACAAGUUUUCUCAAACGACAAUGAGAUAGCCUUCACCAUGUUGGCUGAAUAAAGGCAGGAUAUCAAGA